GUUAGUGUGCGCGUGAGUAUGGCAGAGAGAGGCAGGGAGAGACUGGGAGGUCGAGGUGGUGGGAUUGUACUGUAGCUCUGGUUAAGCAGGGUGAAGGUUGUCCGGUCAAUUCCGCAGUUUUCCCCCCUCGCUUUCCUCUGAACCGAACCACCUCCCUCCCUCCUCCCCUCUCAGCCGGACUGACCCGCAUGUGAAGCGUGUGACGGCGGCUGCGUGAAGACCGAAGACGGGGCUAAACCGGAGCUCCACUGCGGUCUUACAGUGACUCCUGUAAUAACGAGGAUGUCCAGUGGUAAGUACACUGCCUCCCUCCCUCUCUUCUAGCGUUCCCACGGCAGUCUGGGGGGAAACUGCUCCACACGGUGUGGAUUUGUUGCAGGCUAGCUCAACUAAACGGGGAUACAUAGAGCAGAAUGCCAACAGCUGACUUGUACUCCAGUGUUUUGCUGUGAUGAUUGCGGCGGCAUUGAGGAGCCGAAACUGUUCUGCAGGACUGUCCACAGAACAAGCACUGGUCCUCAUGCAGGCACAAGAAAUCACACUUAAAACAGCCACCAUAAAACAGACAGAUCAACUGAUGUGGAGUGUGCGUUGUGAUCCAGCUUAUUUUCACCAAUAUCCUCUGGUACAGUGACUUGUUUGGGGUCUAAACAUAAUGACGUACACGUUUCUAUUGAGGGAGACAGGCCCAGUUUGUUGCCUGUGGUAGACCCUAGCUGGACUGAACAUCUCUGUGAAAUGAGUAGACCCGCUGCCAAGGCUAAAGUUGUCCAGCGGAAUGUGUUACUCCUGAUAAGUUGGUGAAGGCGGCGAUGUGUGUCGGGCUGCACUUUUCUCCUGCAGCCCCACAUAGCCCACUUACAUUCUGACUUCAGCCUAUCCAGUCGUGCUGUGUUUGUGGUAUCCAUGUGUAGUGUUUUUUAUUUAUUUCUUACAAAGAGGCUUGAUUUGAGCUCAGAGGAGAGCUGGCGACUUCACAUGUAGGCUACUCAGAGCGUCCUGUUAUGUAAUGCGCUUCGGCCGAUUGCCCGCAUCCAAACCUGCCUGGGCCUUCACGUGUAAUUGCCAAACGUGUUUUUUGACAUCAGAUCUGUGUUAGCAAUAGUGACAGAGAGGUGGUGGGGUGGAUUUGUUGGUCAUUGUUGAGUCAUGUGUGUAUGAAAAGAUGUUAUGAUGGAACAGUUUAACUCGGGAUACUGAAACAUUCAGCUCUAAGUGAAAGCAUCACCAUCUUCAUUUACAAUGCGUGCCCUAAAGAUAACUUAAUUCUCUCAUUUGUUGUAUUUGCUUCAUGCAUUUCCAGUUGGAGAUGUUUGCACGUACUGUUUAGAUUACAUAAGGGCCGCAUGCUGAUGUCUGACUUGUCGUAAAUGUAUCAAAGGUGAGCCGAGGACUGAGGUUAAGAUCCUUGUAAGCUCGCAGCUCAAAGUGAAGUGGCCACUUUAUUCUUGAGUGGGUCAUAAUAAAUAAAUGCUCUUGCUAUGAGAUAUGAUGCUGAUGCUGGUUUUGUGGUAGUUCUUCACCGUUUUUUUCUUAAUUGGAACAUAAACAGGAGUUGAAACAGGAGUUUUGUUGAUUCUACCUCCAAGUUUUAUUUUAACCAAGCUGGCAAACAUUUCUUUGGGUGCUCAGUGUGAGAAUAUCCAUGAACCAGACUGAAACCUCUCUUUAAAUAAAGGUCUUUUUAUGAAGGGAAAGUUGAGACACUGGCAUAAAAAUCCAGCAGUUGAUCCAAACCAGGGCUCUGUGUGCAGCUCAUGUAUAUUUUCCCCUGUCACUGUGUGCCUCAGCUCAGGCAGCACGGCAGAGAUUUGCUUAUUAAGUUUAGAGGUUAGCAGUGUCCUUGACAUGUGCUGCCAGAAGCCGGCCAUAGUGAGUCAUCAAAGCUAAUGGGGGAAGCAUGGACAAUUUAAUCUGGACUGGAGAGCUCUUGAUCUCUGAUGGUGCCCACUCAGAAGGCCUUUGUUGUCAAAUAGAGCACACCCAUCCCUGCCCACUCAAGAUUUUCGAGGCAGAUUGCAGUGAUAGAACGUGGCUGAGUGCUGUCCAGCCAAGAACAGUUGUUAUCCUUCUUUGAAAGUCUCAUCUGAGUUUGUUGAAAUGGGGUUGCUGUGUUUAAGUUUACGGCUUGACAAAAAUGACUGGUUGUUACCUACAGCUGCAUGAGGUCAUAAAUGGAGGAGUUGAGCUGUCACAAUCCUGUGUUUUGCUAACAAAAGAGUAAAUAGAUUCUGCCGAGGGGAUGGAGAGUGAACUUUGCAUUUAUUAAAUAUUGUGUCCUGAAUGUUAAAGUUUCUGCCAAACAGCAUCUGCAGAUAAAACCAGCACAACUGUUUUGUUUUAAAUGAAUUUUCUUUGGCAACUUUGUGUCUCUUUAUUUUUCCACAGGAAGACAGGUGGUGAACUAGGCUGUGCACAGGGCUGACAUGCUGACUGUUUUUACAAACAAAGGCUGAAACACAGACACACCUCUGAUGCGACCAACCCGCCUGAGCUCAUGGUGUGUGCGAGCUGGGAUACACUAGUGGCCUGGCCAAAGAGUGCAGCAAUAAAGCCCACACAGGUGAGAGGAACACUUUCUCUCUUGCACAGUCUUUGUCAAUCUUUAGAAAUUAAAGCUUUUAUGUGGGAUUUUUUUAUUUAAAGGGCUAAAUUAUUUGAAUUUAAGGGUCCUUUUAAUCUAUUUUUUCUAGGAUGUCGUGGGCCAGAAACCUCUUCAGAGGCAGAACAGAUGAACGAAAGACUGCAUGGGGGGAACGCAAUGGCAAAAAAAGAAAGGAUAGUUCAUCACUGUGCAACCCACACUACAUGAGCUGCCUGAGAGACCCUGAGGACCUGGAGCCCCCUAAUGUGGCCUCUAAACAUUAUAGCUGCACAGCGGGCACCAGUGGGGGUCAGUUUGGUGUUCGCUGUGGAUGGCAGGAGGACCACUACAGGACGAGGAUGGGUGGCGGUGGCGGGGAUCUGGGUCUUAAAGCGGUGGAUCUGGGCUUUGAGGAUGGCGAGCCGAAAGGGAGGAAAGAUGACGAAUCAGGGGAAUCGGCGGAGGGAGGCUGUAAGGUGAUGUCUGUGGUGGACUGUUGGAGACGGUUUAUCUGGAUUUUCCAAUCCAAGAAAUUUCAGUCUGCCAAACUGGAGCGGCUCUACCAGCGUUACUUCUUCAGACUCAACCAGAGCUCUCUGACUAUGCUGAUGGGGAUGCUGGUGGUAGUCUGCGGAGUCAUCCUGACUAUUUUCUGCAUCUACCCAAUGUCUACACCCCUGUAUCGUGAGGCCAGUAUAGCCUAUAUCUCAGUGCUUUCAUUGGCCAUGGCUCUUUUUCUGGCCAUGAUGGUGGUGUGCAACCGAAACGGUUUCCACCAGGACUACAUGUGGAUAGUGAGCUACCUGGUGAUUGGGGUCCUAGUUGUGGUUCAAGUAUUUGGGGUGGUGAUGGUUCACCCCCCCAGUGCCUCAGAGGGCAUCUGGUGGACAGUUUUCUUCAUCUAUAUUAUCUACACACUGCUGCCCGUCAGGAUGAGAGCUGCUGUGGUCUGUGGAGCUGUGCUGUCCAUCAUACAUGUAGUGACUGCAUGGCAGCUUAACCCUCAGCACCAGAAUGUUUUCAGACAGGUGAGUGACAGCAGGAGCAUUGUCUAAUGAAAAAAGUCAUGUCUAAAAACAGUUCUGAUGUGGAUUUAGAGGUGAAUUGGAUUUUAAUAUCAAUCAAAGAUAUCAUCAGUAAUUUUAACCAAUGUUAUCGAUUUACACUCUGCAGAAACAUGUUUAAACUUUAUUGUUUUUUUGAUUACAUGUAAUCAAAACUCAACAUGUGGGUUUCGGACUGUUUCUCAUAUAAAACACACAACCCGAAGACAUCAUUUUGGGCUUUGGGAAAUUACUACACAAUUUUUAUGACAUUUCCAGUUGACAUAAAAAACAAUUCAUCAAAAUUCAAACUGAGCAGCUUCACAUGUAUGUUGUUGACAUACAGCAGCCAAGAAAUUGUCCUUAAGAAACUUGCUUGAUCUCGAUUGGUCUGAAAAUCUGUUCUUGCUUUCAGAUUCCUACAGAUUAAUUACUAAGAUCUCCCUUCAUGUCCUCAUAUAUAUAUAUAUAUAUAUAUAUAUAUAAUAUUGGCUCAAAAACUGGAGGUUAGAUCAAGCCAAAAAAAGUACAUUACACUUUUAAAAUUUGUUUGUGUAAGGAGAUGGUCACAUUUUUAACAAACACUAACCAUGUGGACAGUAAUUGUCACUGUCCAUGUUUUCCCUCUGUGUGCUGGUCACUCUUAAGAGUAGUUAAGUGGGGGACAGAAUCAACAGUGUCUGUUUGUCCACACAGAAAACAUUUCAAAGUUCAGCCAAAGUUGAUAUGAGUUCUCAGCCGUUUCACAUAUUCAGUGAACGACUUCCAACUUCAGGGUCUUGUCAUACCAAAUUCCUGCUACACUCUUCUUGAAAAAGAUCAUAACUUUGAACGAUUGGUCUAGCUCAGCCCGCUGAAGCCUCUUAUCAGUUUUGGCUGUACUACAUGAUUCUUUUUUGAACAGACAGAUGACUGUAGACUUUCUUUCCUACAAAAUAAGAACAGAACUCUCCCUAGCUAGCUUUUCCCACUAAAGAACAGUGGCCUGUAGAGUUUUGGGCUUUAGAGAACUGUUGAUAGAUGGAAUUAUAAAUGUGACUCUAUCUUUCAGUAGUCAUUACAAUCAGUUUUAGCACUGUCUUCAUGUUGUGAAUGUACAUCCGUGAAACAUCUUUUUAGAUUCCUCUCUCUGCUAGAAAGCAACAAGCUCUGAAGUCAGAGCAGACAUUUACAUUCAUGAGAAAACAAGACCCAAUUCUCAGGCUGGUACCAGUCAUGGUCGACCAUUAUCACCAUACAACUGAGCACAAUGUUGUUACUGUGUUCGCUAGUCAAAACGCCCUACUUUCUUUUCCUCCCCAUCAAUAUAGGACAAACAUUGUGCAGAUGCCACAGCCUCUUAUCCACGUCGAAGGUGCUGCACUAAAAGCAGAUGAUGCUGUAGGUCUUGGCAACUUUAAAAAUAAAAAUUUGUAAUGGGUCUAUUAUUCAUGCUGUAUAGGAAAGUUUUGGCAACUCUGUUGGGGUUUGCAGAGGGUCAUCUGGGUUGAAUGAGCCCGUUUAACUGCAUUGUGGAGGAAUAUCAUGAUAAUGUAGCAUGGUGCCAUUCAGGACGCAGUUCCUCUCAACAAGGAGGCUAUUGUGGUGAACUGACACAGGGUGGGGUGGAAAACUUGUGUUGUGCAAUGGAUUUGAUGGAAAACAGGGUGAUGACUACUUGGAGUGGAGGCUGUGAAUAACAUGAACACAGGACAAGUAAUUUAUUAUUUCACAUUAACAUAUUGGAAUAUUUCUUAAUUACUUGUGGCUGUUAAUGCCUUCAGUAUGUGCUGAUGGAUGCUCAUUAGAUGUCUUAUAAUGAUUAAUGCCGCUAUGUUUAAAAUAUGUACAGUGCAUCCAAACAUUAUAUUUAGUUUCAAAACUGUUCAUCAAUGAGCCAAAAUAUGAUUUAACAAAAACAGUCGGCAUUAUCGGUUAUUAGAGGUCAGUCUGCCCACUAUCUUGAUUUAUCUAUCCAUCUUGAUUUUUGAAUAUAUCUGAAAUAAACGAAGGAAAAAAGAGAGGAGUAAAAAUUGUAAAUCAGAAGUUCCCUGUUUCCCAACUAUUGUCACAUCAACUUCCAAAAUGCAGAGUUCAGUAUUUUAUCGAUGAAAUAAAACUUAAAAAAGACAAACUUCGAUAUUUCAGAGAUCAACUGAUUUUAGGCAAAUUUUUUUAUUGACAGGUGGCUACAGAAGCAGUUUGACCUAGGGAUGCUCCGAUCCACAUUUUUUUCACAUCCGAUCGGAUCUCGAUUCCUGAAUUUGGAUAUCUGCUAUAACCGCUCUGUUAGCUUGACCAUCAUGUUUAUCUUUAUUGUUUAUUCAUUAUUAUCUGUCAUGCUGUCUGCUGGAAGUUUACCUUGAUUUUGGUAUGACUCCAGAAGUAAUUCCUGGUGUCUCUUUUCCUCUUUCUAUCCCCUGGCUAAAAAAUCUGUGCAAAUCCUUGUCCUUACAAACAUUGCACGUUGCUGUCUUACUUUGUGGCGCUUCAACUGUAAAAUAUUUGCACUCAGCAGACAUAUUGUGUGAAAAAGUUCGUUAGCCCUAGUGCUGCUCAAAGCUAGCCUGGUAGCUUUCUGGCUGCAAACUGCGGAAUGGAUUUCCUGAAUGGGGGCGUGUUUCAUCAUUUCAACAGACAAAGUUAAAGCAAAGACAUGACUUUAGUCGGAAGUUUCCGAUCCAUGAACUACGUCGGUCUUGGAACCCAUUACCGAUACUCAAUAUACUCGGUAUAUACUCGGUAUAUAUCGGAUCAGCCCCAUCCCUAGUUUGACUAUUUUUGAUGACCCAGAAUUUAAUAAUUCACUUUUAUUUCAGCUCCAAACUAUUGAAAUAUGUUCAUUGUCUUUCUGUGUCUAUUGAAACAAUAGGCCAUUCUCACUAAAGACAUUGCUACCUUUCACAUCAGGAAAGCAAAGGCAUCAUCAAUAAAAUAAUGAUGACUAAAUUCCAUUAGCUUUGUCAUUGUCAGGGUCUUCAGUGCUGUGAAUGCUUGUGUCAGAUAGUCAAUGAUAAUGGGACACUUAGAAUUACAGAGCCUCACUUAAUGCUUUUAACUGCAGUGUUGCUUUUCCAGUAUGACGGCUCUGGCUGAAAAAUCAUCUCCACUCAGAGUUGCUCGUAAAAUUUACCUGCAUGACUUUUUUUUUUCUUACACAUAUAUCUCAAAGCUGUCCUCCCCUUCGAUUGUUGCUGCACAGUGCAGUGGAGCUUUGUUCGAUGGUGGGGAACGUGAGCGUCCCCGUGAUGGCCUUUAAGUAGCCUUUUCACCUUUGAAAAAAAAAGUCAGAAUCACGUCACAAACUAGACAUGAUUUUUGUUCCUGUUGAAGUUUGCCAUGUUUGCUCUUCUAAAACACACGAACUCUGGCUGGAGUCUGGACCUGUUAUUGGUUUACUCCACCAACAACUGCUAUUAAGCAACCAGAUGAGUAUGGAGCCAUUGUAAAUGAAGCAAUGUUGACUGAACUCUGCUGGUCUGGUGUGCGUUUGUAUUCAGUGAAAGUGCCCCAGACUUGUGUCCAUACGCUCCAGCCUGGGCUGUUGCAUUAGCUUUCUGAUGAUUGACAGCUGCCCUGCCUGAGGGUUUGGACCCCAAACACCAAAAGUUACAGCUCUAGUAAUCGAUGAUGAAACGGUUUCCCUAGUUUGCUCAGUUGUAAAUGCUUUUGUCAUCCUUACAUCAGUCUGAAUGAAGGGGAUUUUCAGGUGAUUCAUUUGUUUUCACGCUCAGAAAAAGGGCAGCACACGGUAUCUUUUAGUCAUUUCUCAGUACCAGGGGAUAUCUCUCAAGCUACUCGCCGUUGUAUGAAUAGAGAAGGACUCCAUUCAGGCUGUUUCACCCGCGGUAUCACACAUGGAGGCUUACACGAACUCUGUGGUUCUUCGUAUGUCAGGGCCAGACUUUCUGUUCUGGGAAAGCUGGUUUCUUCUUGUGGGACCUCAUCAUCCUCCGGCCCACUCUGUGUCCCAGCCUUGUUUUUCCCCUUAUUUGUAUUUUCCCUGUGGGGCGUUCAUGCAGGUUCAGGGCUGAGAAGAUGUGAGAACGAUGAUGAUGAUGACAGACGGGGUCUUUGUCAGGGGCCUCUGUAAUGAAGCAGGGAAGAAGGGGGGCAUUUGUGAAACUGAUGGGGACGACAACAGAUUGAGAGUGUGAAGUAACGCUAAGCUGACUCAGUAAAAGUAAAAGAGACGCCACUCUUCUCUCUCUUUUUUUUCUUUCUCCACUUUCCUCUGAGUCAUUAUUCCACACUCACAUUAUUCCUCAACAAACUGAGAAAGAGCCCAGCUUCUCAUGGGGAUAGUUUCCAUAGAUCUCCCUGUUUCAGGGCUCUGCUGUGAAGAGCCUCCCAGACAACCAUAGAAAUAUGAAGGUAGAUCUGUUCUCAGAAAUUAAAAAGUGAAGCUGCAGAUUCAUUUGAAAAGGUUAUAAAUAUCUAAUAAGAAAGAACAUUUUUGAUCAGACAGGAUGGACUCAGUUUGUUCUUGAGCUCUGACCACCAUGUCCUUGGUGGUAGCCCCCCCAAAGGUUUCACGCAUUCUCAAGUGGUCAUCAAAUAAUGUAAUUCUGUGGUUUUGUACUUUAGUUGACUUCUCUUGGACUGGACUUUGGUCUUGACUAAAUAGAAAAUACUAAAAAAAACUUUUUCCCUCACUUCUUGCUUGGCUUUUUUUUGGCUGUUGCUAUUGACUUUUUCAACGGAUAAAACAUGGCAGACCUUUCUGUAAUGACAUGCAGAAAAUCAAUCGAUGUAGAGCUGUGGCUCUUCAAUGCAGAUCUCCACUUUUGAACCAUUUAAACUACCCUUGUCUUCAGUUUCAUAGAUUUAGAUUAUUUUUUAUGAUUGAAAACCAAACCAGUUUUUCAAUCAUAAAGUAAGUCAAGUUGCUGGAAACUUUCUAUGGAUAACUUAUUGUGUUAUAGUGCUUCUAGUGCUGCAGAAGGGUUGGUCAUUUCAUCCUUAUCUUCUACCUUCAUUUGAAUUUGGUUUUGUGAGUUAGCUACACCCAGCUCAAUCAAGUAUUGACAGUUUGACUCAAAGCUUUUUGACACAGAGAUGCUCCAAUCCUCUGUUUUUCUGUUCAGGUUGUGACGGGUUGUUUCUGGAAUCUCUUACUGGGAGCUUAGAAAGUUCUGAUGCUGAAUCUUCAAAUGAAUUAAAUUUUGACUUUAGCAUCUAGAAGCAGGUAGCAGGGUCAUCUGUUUUGGACAGUUUUCUUUCAAGCUCCUUUGAGCCUUUGGUCUGGGCACAACCUAGUGUCAAUGCUUAUAUUAUCAGCAUCAGUAAUGACAUCACCCACUGCCCCCACAAUCAAAUGUGAUUUUAGAGAUGCGCCCAAACUUCAAAGUAGUCCUCACUCUAAAAUUCCCUCAAGCAUUUGUCUGCUUUUGUCAAGUCACCGGAAAUUUGAUUAAAGCUUGUGGCCCCAAGUCCCCCCCGACUAUGGCUGGAAGUCAGAUAUGCAAUAUGCACACACACGCACGCACACACAGAGAUGGAAAUACACAUCACUUGUUAUAGAUUCAUUUAGGCCCUGAGUGCCAUCCUUUGAGAGACCACCUGUCCAGCUUUAGUUUGUUGAGGUCCCUUGUGGUUGAAUGAGUGGAGAACUAACUCCCAGACUGGCAUGCAGAAGAAAUUGCUUUGAUAUAUGUAUUUUAGUAACUUAAGAAUGAACAGCUGUGCAUCCAUAUACCUUCAUGUAUUAAGGGGGAUUAUGUGACUUGAAGAGUCAUUGUUUGGUUCUAUGAAGUUAGAGGCAGGCGGUGUGCAAGAUGUCAUGCAGGGAUUAACAAGGAACCAAACAGAAGUUGUCCUUUUGUGUGCAGCAGGAUAUAUUUGGCUAACCAAAUCCUAAGCAGAGUCCUCUGAGGAGGAGCUAUCGACAGGCAGGUCAAUAAAAGAGUGAAGUCUCAAAGGUACAUCUCGUCUGUGCUUUUGUUAUUGUGUGCUGAUCCGGCGCUAGAGGAAAAACCUGUUCCUUUGGCAGAUUGUUAUGGGGUCAACGAAUAUGGGACUAGUGGAAACAUACUGGGACCUCUGCUGAACAAUAGAGUUAAAGAUACUAAUCAAUGAAAUGACACAGGCAUGGCUGAUGUGUGCAUAAUGCAUUUAGGCCAGAACAUUGGUGUUAUAGAAGGGGAAAACAGAAGGCAACCACUCGAGCUACUUUAACCUUUAUGCAAUUAUUUAGGAUGUUUUCUCAGGAAGUGGUGCAACAGCUGUUUGUGUGACACCCUCUGCCCUCUAACUCAUGUCUCAUGGGUGAUUCUGUUUAUGAAUGUACAGGACAAAGCACAUUUUAUUUUGUUUCUUAUUGACACAGAGCUAGCAGAGUUAUUUAGGCCUGGGUGUUGGGUGGGGUAUUGUUUACAUUCUAAUCAUACUCGUAACAAUAAGAUAAUGGGUUUCAGUGUGUAUAGGUGAAAAAAGUAGAUGCUCUAGUUUUAGGGAUUCAAUCAAAAUCCAUCAUUAGAUCCUUGUAGGUUUAAGCAGCAUUGAAGGUUACAUCUUAAAAUUAGCUUUCUUGAAAAAAAGAUCAAGAAACAUUAUUUUGUUUUGCUUGAAGUCGAGAUAAACUCAGUAGUUGUGUUCUCAUGAAAAUGCUGGUUUAGAUCAGGCUAAGUAAGGUUUUUAAAACACAAUAUAAGAUGACAUAUAUUAGGUAUUCAGAGCCAGCAUUUGAAGAUCCAUUCUGAUCUGCAGACUGUUUUUGCUUAGCACCCGACAUGUAUUGAAAUUUGACACUAAGUCUGACUUUUAUUGAGCGAGUUCAGCGUCCUGUGUUCGCACUGUAUGUCCAGCCGAACACACACACACACAGGACUCAAAAAGUGGAGUGUGUGAUCUGUGUCUGUCUGCGUGGAUCAGAGCAGCUCACACGGUUGUUAUCAAAUGGUGAGAACCCAUCAUCAGGUACUGUGGGUGCCAAACAAUGCACUGCCUCAAAUAAUAGAUCCCCCCCAUUCUUCCUAUCCCCUCCCCUUUAGACAGGGAGAGAGCUUGUGACUCAUCCCCCUUAUUGUAUUACAACCAGAGGCAACGAUACAAACUCGGAUAGCUUCCACCACCAUGGGUGGGAGCAAUUAGGAUUAGUGAUAAGAGAAAUAUUGCCCAUAGAAUGCGGCCAAUGAUAAAGCAAAUAAUUGGCCGGCUAAUAAUAGCAGUUGAGUCAGGGAUGAGGAAGUGCAGGCUUCUAAUAACAGCUCAUGGUUUACUAACAACUUGGCUCUCCACAAAAGUAAAUACAGGGAUUUAAGGCUGAACUGCCAUGGCGGACAGCCAAGAGAUAUAUAUUAGGAAUCCAUUAGCGGUGUUAAAUGUUGAUCUGUAGAGCACGCAAACCCAAAGGCUUUUAAGGGCAGUUUUACUUUGGAGAUCCUGUUGAGUGUAGAGCACCCAAUCCCAGCGCCGGUGACAGGAAGGUGAAUGGCUCUCUGUCAAAGGUCAGUGUCAGACAAGCCAACUGUCGGGUUAUCCCACUUUCCCAGUUCCAAUUACACUUCUGCAGCAUAUGUCCGGCCUGCGUGAGAAUGCAUCACUGCAGUGAAGCUGUAAUUAACCAACAUGCUCGCUAUCUGCACAAACACCUUCCUGCUAUUGAAAUGUACACCGCUGUGGACAACACAUGUCUCAGCUGGCAUACAUGGACCUUCUGCAGCCUGCCUGACCGCUUUACCUGCAGCUGACCUGCUAAUGAAAUGGAAAGAACAGGCCUCUGUCUUCUUUAAUCCAGUCAGUGUGGACAGUUUUUCUUGAUAAGUUUAAAGCAGCCAGCCUCAGUGUCUCUCAGCUUGGCUUUUUCACAUAUUCAGUGAAUGACGUCAGAUACAAUAACAAGACUCCAGUCUCAUGAUGUAAUUUCUCACACUCCACACAUACUUGAUUAAUUUAGAGGAAGUUAUUCUCUGUCUUUAGCAUUCACAGGAUCUAAAAGGACCACGUCUGGAGCUCAAACCUCAGGAAAAAAAAAAAAAAACUCCUGUGAGUUGUAAUGUGACCUCCUCUCACAUGUAAAAAAAAAUGAACAUGUUUCCUUUUAAGGAGGCAGAAAGACAGGACCUUUUGUCUUUGUUUAGGAUAAAGUGUCAUGAGCACCUUUAUGUCGUAAAGAAGAGACGCAGCUGUCAGACUGUACAUUUACCUUACAUGAAAUGUGCCUGAGAGACUCCAAAGGCGUCUUUGUUGUGGUAUGUAAAGCCCGUCAAACAUGGAUGUAAACAAAGAAACAUGCACUUUUACAGUAGCUGUCCUACUUGUAGUUUCUAAACCAUGUGCUGAAACUUAGCACCUGCGUGUUUUAUUCACGUGAAACACUCCUGAUGUAUCAGGAUUCACAAACAUGUGCGUCACACGUGACGUUAUUCCUUGAAGUUGGCCAGAGAGGCGGAUGUGUUAAAUGCAUGAGUUCAGUCUCAGCUCAUCAUCAACUGAUGAAGCCCAAACAUCAGCUGAAGCAGUCGCUGCGCUGCUCUCGUGCUACCGCUGUUUAAACUAUAACCUGUUGUUCUUGUACCAGUAUUGAUCUGUAUGCUUUGUAGUAAAAGUCAAUAUUGUGUAUAGGAAGAGACAGAACAGGGAAGGACAUGGUUAAAACUUUAAUGGUUAUGAUAGCAGACUCUUAUAUAAGUGGACAAUCAAACAACCAAACCAAACUCUUGUUUUUAUUGGCCCACACAGGUUUUAAGUUAUAGUCUGGAGAAUUUCAAGACGCUUGAAGAGGAAAACAUGCUCAGGUGCUAAACAGAUGAUGCCCCAUAGUUUUACUAGGCAGGUGUAGACUGAUGUUACACCCACCCGUGUCACAGUGUAAUAGUGGUUGCAGGAUCAUGCUGUAAAUUUGUGCUUAAAAGGAGUGGGAGCCAAUAGCAUCUAAAAUGAGAAUUCCUGGAUGUUUAGCUCAUCGCCACAUAGUUCAAAGUCUGGACUGGCUCACAGAGUUCAGAGUAGUGGGACGAACCAGCAGAGGAGAGUGGUGAACUGGUGGGCUGGUUGGUUUGUUAAGCCCAUUAACCAAAUCUUGUUUUCUCAAAAGCUGCCGUGCUGUAAUUGCAGCUGCGCCUGCGAGGGUGUGAGUGGGCAGGAAGUGAGGGGUUAGCGAGGACACAGCUGGGAGGAGAGUGUUGUGUCCGGCCCUGCCUACCCCUCCCCCCUCCUCCCCUUUCCCCAAUCUCAGCCUGUCCAGUCAAACACUGACCCCGGCCUGGACCACCGAGCAGACAAGACCACCGACAAACACACAGUAGUGACAUCUUUACACCUGCUUUACAUCUAAUUAUACUUAUCCACCACAAAUGUUUAUUAAAUGAUCAUACUGUGGGUGUCAGUGAAUUAGUGGUGGACAAAGAGCACAAUUAGGUGUUUUGAGUGAAAGUGGAGAUACUACUUUGACACAACUGCAUAGAAACAUUAUUUGGGUGUUUUUUAUAAACUUUGAAAAGUUUAAAAAUACUUUUAAAAUCAUUGAUUAAAAUAUUUGGAUGGCUUCUAUACCAGAGGUUGUAGUUUGUAAGUAAGACAUACAUAAUGUGAAUGACUCUUGUACAUCUGUGUUGUUCACAGUAGUUAUUAUAAACACAGUAAUAUGCUUUACAUAAUAUAUACACGUUUGUUAGGAUUGCAUUGCUGCCAUUCUAACAAUUCACAGGAGGAUUGAGUACUCAUUGUAGUUUAUUCUGCAGUGACAUGGGAUAUACAUCAACAGCAGCUGCAUAGAAGUGUGUUCCCACUUUAACCACAAAGAAAGGCUCAGUGUUCCCUAAACAUACAAGUUUUGGACACCCAUAGAUGAAAUUUUACAAUUUACCAUGCAAAAAAAGAAUUAGUUCCUUUGCACUUUGUUUAGUGCUCACAGAUUUAAUACUUCAUGCAGUUAGAUUAUUACUUAAGUUUAAGGACUGUAGUGUGUUUUUUAACAACACUUUAGUAUUUAAGUAAAUUUAAAAUCCUUAUAAUCAUUUAUUAUUUUGUUCUGAUCUUCAUUUUUAUUCAAAUAACAUUAUUUACACUUUUAAAACUGGCAUGCCACAGGUUUUUAGAUAUGAACCAUAAAAGAAAAAAACAACCAUAGUAGCACAUGCUUUCUCUGUCUGUUUAGCAAGUUUAUUUUCUAAUUAAUUUAUUUGUAGUCUUCAUCCUUGUAAAACACGAUCCUUUUGUCCUAAAGGGUCACCAGAAUUACAUGAAAUCUCUUCACAGUGCCUUUAAGAAUGAAAAAAGCCCAAACAACACCUGUUGAUACUGUCAGUAAAGCUGCUGCCACUCUUUCUGUCUGCAACAUCUACAUAUUAUUUUUGUGAUUCUAGGUGACCAGAUAUCAGUCUGUUUAGAUUUGUGUCUUUGAUUGGAUAUCUCUAACAAAUCAAAACCAUCCAUUUAAUAAGAAUUUAAAGUAAUGACAACGUCUACGAAAUAUAAAAACUCUGGAUUAAAGCAGCGGCACAAUAGUCACGCACACACACAUACACACACACACACACACACAUACAAAUACACACACACACACACACACACACACACACACACACACACACACUUACUGUAGGGUUAUUGUGUGACUGUUUCUUUAAAUCACAGGGACAGGAAGUGUGUGGGAAGGAAGGGAUAAAGGAUAUGUGAUAGAUGUCCGAAAGCAGCGGAUGUAAAGCUGAGAUGAGACAUUUAGUCAAAUCAAAUGAGUCACUGUGAAGUAAUAAAAUGAGUAAAAUCAGGGCAGGUCCCUUUAGCAUUGAUUUAGAGACCAUCAACAACAACAAAAAAAACAUCUCCUGUCUUUGUGUGAUUUUGUCAUUUGUUGUUGAGGCCAUGAAGUCCUCUGUUAAUGUUUCCGUGAUGGCUUUUUAGGUUUGCUAAAGACCUGCAGAUACAGAUUUAGAAAGACAGCUGCAAAGUUAGGGCCAGGUGACUUUAAACGGUCCAUGUUGAAACUGUUGGAGGCUGAAAAAGACAGAUAAGUGAUCAUUAUUAUCUUUUGGCUUUAGGCUAAAUUUGUUGGUCAGAUUCGAAAAAUUAAGUGGGUAAUUUUAGCGAGUGCUCACAGUUUGUUUUAGCCAGUACUUCCUGGAAGGCUGAGAGAUUUUCCUCAUAUUUGGAAACAUAUAUGGACAAGUAUUAAAUACGGAUCUGGAUUUCUGACAGAUGUGUGGCCAGCUCUAUUUAGCUUUGUGGAAUUUUCUUCAGCUUUCACAAAGAUCACUUUGUGGCCUCUCUGGUCGACUGAGACCAAUUUUGGUUUGGCCCAAGUCAUGAUGAAAACAGACCUUCAAUUCCAGCUGGCAGAGACCCAAGAUGGCAGAGGCGGCCACCCCCACCCAUCUGCAACAUGCAUCUUUAUAAGGAAUGGUGUCUUUUAUGUGGCAGUAAUUGAACACUGUAUUAACCUCAGAUAGAUGAGAACAAGUAAAUCAAGGUCUUAUAGUAUUUUUUAUUUUUACUUCUCUAUUAUGAGACUCUUUUCGAGCUAAAACCAGCAGUGUGAGAGCAGUCUUUGACUGUUAUCUCUGUAGGGCAUUUGAAAAGCUCCAGAUGACUAUCAAAGGUCAUGAGCUGGAGAGAAGAAUCUCCAGAGUCUGUGAGCUAGAGGAUGAAGAACUCUGGCCUUUGAGAGGUUAAAACCUUGGUGUUAAUGGAGCACAUGGUUGAUGGGACAUCCAAUUUAAUCUGUUACUGCAGGCCAUUUUAAACCUUUAUGGAUAACUCCAAACAUUGAUUCCACAGACCCUUUUAAAUAACCAGCAGUGUGUUUGAUCUCUAGUAAUUAGUUUUUAGUUGACCUCCUCUAGCUGUGCUGUUGGAGAGUUUUCAUUGGUUACAAAUCAUUGUUUUGUAUCCAAGCUCUGCUUGUGGUCAUGGUGUCACAUGAACCUUCUUAAGAAGAAACACAUGUGCAGAAACCAUGUGGCAACCUCCUGUCCUGAGAAACAAAGCCAAGGCAAGUGUGCAAGAAAACAAAAGCCCAGAGGAUUCCCAUUGGAGCCUGUUUUAAAAUGCCCACUCUUACAGCAGAGUUACAUAUACAUUUAUCCUCUAUCUUUUUUCUAUAUACCCAUCUGGUAUAAAACUUUUGUUUGACCUCUGCUCCUCAUUCUUUAAAUCAUAACUGUAUAGAAUGUAAAAUCUUAUGUAACGUAUGUAUUUUGAUUAUGCAAAAGCUAAGAGAUGUGCAUGACAACACAAAAUCAGGAUCAUGUCUGAUAUGACUGACAGCUCUGCACACUGUAGUUGUUUGCCAAGCAGCAAGGCAAUGGUGUCAAUGCCAGUUCUUUACCAAAUUAGCUGAAAGUUAGAGUCAGCAUUUCCAUGGCAACUGCCAUCUUUGGCCUUCAUAACGCCUCCUAAGAGACCACUGGGUGAUGUCAUUGAGACUUCAUCCACGUUUAUACUGUCUGUAACAUCAGGCCAUAGAUUCAUGUCUGGUAUUCAUGUACUGAUGGAUAUAAAGCAUUGGCUUUUUCAUACUCCUUUUUUACUGAAUGAACAGAUCAUGUCCUUUAUGAUAAAAAAUGUUGUGUUUAUUCCAGUGUUCUCGUGGGUGACAGAAUUGUCUACUUAGAUAUUGUUAAAGGAAGAUUUAAGAGAGUGUUUUCUGUAACUUGCCAAGAACAGCUCCUUCCCAUCCCUUUCUUUCAUUCAUUUUCUAAAAUGUGAUCCGCCUGCCUCAACUUUAUAAAGCACCUUGCAGAGAGCCGCACCUUAUAAGCCAAUGUUUGGAGUCCUUUUAACUUUGCAGCCAAGAGGUUCCGUCUUAAGCAAAUGUCGAGCUAAGACCAUCUUUGAGAGCUAGAAGUCUGCAGGCAGAAUGAUCAGGGCUGGGUACUUUUAAGUCCAGCUUAGUGGUUGUUGAGACAGAAAGAGAGAGAGAGCUAAUUAGGGGAAGUUUCCUCUGCUGCCUUUACGCCACAUGGCUGUUUGGAGUCUGUGCUAGAUUUUCAUGCCUGCUUGAUACGAGAGCAGCGACAGACAGAACAAGCUGUAACAUCAAAGAGAUGCCUGGCCAAAUGGAGUCACACACUCGUACAACACACGAGAUUUAUUCAAACCCCUUUGGAAGAGUUUCUGCUCCUAAUCUUCAGAAACAUGUGGUGACCAAGCAUGACGGGGCAUUAGGACACGUUUUUUUCAUCAUAUUUCCCAACACUAAAAUUUCAUGUAUUCAAGGCUUUCCUGCUGUGUCAUGGAAAAGUCAAUCAAUUGUUUUUCAGAAUAAACAAUGCUUAUCCUGAAUUGAUUUUUUAAAAAGCUAUUGCGUAGUUUCAGUACUUGCUACAUCACCACUUGCAUCAGACUAGCAAACAGCUGGGUACCUACCCUAUCACUACAGUGCUGUGUGAUUUUCCAUUCAACAGAAAUAUGUGAAUUCCUAAAUGUGUGACCUCCUAAGCCAUGUUUUGGCUCGCUCUAUAUUUGUUGCCAAGCUCUUGAAAUCAAUUUGAUAGAGCACAGUUGUUACUUAGAUUGAAAUCUUAGAGCGUUCACAUGGGAAACUGAAUUGGCUGAAUGUAAAUUGAGCGUAUUGUGGGGAUAUAAGCGUGGUCCUGGGAACUGCAGGUGGCCCUGUAUCUCAGACAGGCCACCUAACUGAGUUAUCUGGUGCUCACUGUUCAGGGCCAUCUGUUUGGGAUUAAUGCGAUCAGGUUAUAUCAGAGCCCCCAAGACUGAAGUGUCAGCUCUACACUGGUGGUCUGUUACAUCAUGAUGCUAAUCAGGAGCCCUGGUAUGUCAAUAUCAUUAGAUUUAUCUCUGAAAGAGUGACAGAACAAGGUCAGAUAAUCUGUGUAGUUUUUCACAGAUGAUCUUAUAUAGGGGAGACUGGGGUAAGUUUAGCCACCCCCUGUUGCUUGGAAAUGGUAAAAGAAAUUGAUCAUAUGACCAAAUAUUAAGCAGAUGAGCAUCAAUUCAUGGAGUCUGUGAAGGUUAGAAGCACAUGGGUGAAGGGGUUAAACAUUAAUUUCCAAAAAAACAUUUUUUACUCUUGAAAGUAAAUUUAGUCUGUCAUUAGACAUUUAUUAGAAUUGUGUUCAGACCAAAAAAAAUCAUUUUAAUUUGGUUUAUUCAUCGAUUGUGGUAUCUAUGAGCUACAACAUGAGGUCAAAAAACCUAACAUAAAAGUCCACCAUUUUAGUUUAGAGGACUAAUAAAGUCAUAAUAGUUUUUCAGGGGUAAGUUGAGUCAGUGGAUCAACUGAGAAAGUAAAGGAGUCUGAUGAGAGGAUCAGAGUUUCAGUUCAGAUUGUUGAAAUGUUUUACUUUUUCUUUUCAGAAAUACAGCUGUGAAUCUGAAUCACUUAAAAACAUUCUCAUGUUAAAAUGGCUUUUUACAAAACAGCUUUUUAGCAGUUAUAUGCAAUAAUAAUAAGAAGAAUUAUUGUACCAGUACCAAUUAUUGUACCGGCUCAUCUUACUCCAUACAUGGGGUAAGUUGACCAUAGAGACCACUUUUUUUGGCAUGCUAUGAACAACAUCUUGAAAUAUAUGCAGAUACAUCAGUUAGAGACAAAACUAUGAUUGCCUUGAUGUAGUGAUCUGAAAUCUGAAAAAUGGCUCAUCUUACCCCACUCUCCCCUAUGAAGUCCCUGAAAGUUGACCAUCAAUCAUUCUGUAUCACCCUACUUCAACAAGUUCAGGAAAAACAGCUUCUUGGAUUUUAGACACUGUGUCAUUUCCCUCUGUACCAGCUACACCAGGGGUCUGUCAUCACCCAAAUGUAUCAAAGCAUGUUUGCUGGUGCACCUGCAGACAUCACGGUGUCCCUCCUUUUGCUCACUGCUGCUCUCCUAAUUUCGUUUGACCAUUUAUUUUUUAGGUGGAAUAAGAAAGUAGCACCAGCUCUCUCCUGGAGUAAAUAGUGGAUUUUGCCUGCCUUUGUCUUGAGGUUACGGUGUACUGUUUCAAGCAGAGGUUGUCAGAUUGUCUCUUCUGUUGUGGCAACAUUAAGAGAGUUCUUGUGUGUAUACAAUCCAAACCUGAUCUGAGGACAGUGUUGGAAAUCCUGAAGGUGAAUUUGAGUCAACUUGUUUUUGGAGUUUUAAUCACCUUGUGAGUGUUAAAUUUAGGUUGUGCUGCUUUUGUUUAAGAAUGACAAAGAUGUAAAAAUAUUCGGUGUAUGCAUCAGAGAUAAUUGUUCUCUAUCUCUCGUUUUCCAUCUCUCUCUAGCUGUCUUUUUUUAAAAACACACACAACAAACAUGCACUCAGACCCACACUGGUUUGGUGACAUACCAGCAAUGGUUCAAAAAUACUGGUAGUGGAAUUUUCAUGUCAUCCAGUUUCGUCAAAUUCUCGUGAAUAAGAUUGAUUAAAAUAGAGUUUUUAUUUGUGUACUGUGCCUGCAUCUCCUUUUCUCAUUAUUGAUGAUUUCAUCUUCAGAGGAAACACUCUGUGCUCCGGUCAUGGGUCAAGUGACUUUCCCAGGCUGGAGUGUGUUUCUGAGCAUGUAGAGGAUGCGUGUGCAUGUGUGUAUGUGAGUGAGUGAGUGAGAGUGGAGGGGAAGUCCAGGGCUCAAGGCUCCAUUUCUGACGUUCAGUCUUCGCAGUGAAAGAGUGAGGAGAGAAAUCACUAACAGACUUACCACACACAUGUAGAAACAGAAAAGGCACACACAGAAUGCUGCUGGAGCAGAGCAGAGGAAUGUCUUUAAGGUCUAUGACCCCGCAAAGCUAACUGUACAGUCACUCUAUCUUAACUUCAUCCACACAGGCUUCAGAUAAUGCUGUUUUACAGAGCGUGCUUCUGCAUUCUUAGAGCCUCAUUGCUCAACAAACAUAACUCAUGAAUGUGGGGACACACAAGAAAGUAACUGUAAUGGCUGCUCCUGUUUCUCCUCAUUUUGAUUUAGUGCAGCUUUAUUACCAUGUUACCACCAAUGCGGUCUUACCAAAGCAUGUCAACACAAACUUCACAAUCCUAACAAAAGCAGUAACAGUGGACGAAGGCUUAGAAAACAACAACAACAUUAUACAUCACGAUCAAUAAAUUCACUAUUUGUCUUGCGGGACAAAAUGCAAAUUCAGAGAAGUUUGAGGCAUCAUGGUAUUUUUGGAUGUGCAUAAUCAAUGCUAACAUUCAGUCACUCCAGACACAGACAAAGAGGUGGAGUUCAGGUGGAGUAAAACAGCACCUGCCUGUCAAUCAGCUUUGUACCUCUAAUUACGCUUAAUGAUACAAACUUGUCACCCUUUUAUUUUUCAAAAUAGUUGAGUCAGAAAAGCAGUCUUACCAUUCUUACCCAGCUGUUGCCUCAAGUGGACACUCAAGGAACUGCAUUUUUUUGCUCUCCUAAACUAGUUAUGGUUUUGAAUUCAGGAGGCCACAGUGAAGUGUCUUUGAUAGCAGAGCUGCAAAGUUACUAAAUCAAGUUAACUUUCUGACAUUUCUUGUCUCUCUUAUUUUUCUGCACACUUUCAAAACAAAUGCAGGAAUUAAUAAACUAUUUUUCAAUUAUUGUUUAUUUAAAUUUUUUCACACACCGCAUUACCAAUAUCAAGAUUUAUUUCAAUCAAAUGCACCCAAUGAAAAGAGGAUUUCUUGGUGUAUUCUGAGAUCAGCAUAAAACACAGAUCGAGAUAAAAGGAAAAGCAAGAGAAACUCAGCAGGAAAGAAGAGGCAUCUAUGUGUGAAUGUGAUGUUAUAUAAAACUUGUGGGGAUGUAGAUACAAAAGGAACCAACCAACAAUCUUAAGUUCAAACACUUAAUCAUCAGUGAAGAAUGAACUAUAUAACUUCAGUUAUCAAACUACCUCUUGUGAAAAAUUCUAUGCACUUCCGUCUCUUGAGACAUGUUCCUGUUUAGUUACGGGUACUUAGUUUCAGGUUGUGUGUGUUGAAUUGGGAACACUUUGUGAUAUCUGUCAGUCAGAUUCUUCUCGUUGUUAAAGCUCCACAAGUUGACGACAGUGAACUUCUUUGUUUUUCUAACCCCUUGCAUUUUGAAUGAGUACUACUUUAUGCGAUGUACACUUUUUCUUUUAAAAGUAAAGAGGUGCUUGUUAACUUGGAUCAUUCAAUUUUUUAUGUCUCUGAAAAAGGUCGUCAUUUCCCACUCCGGGUGAAUCAUGACAUUUUUUCCUUUGAUUUAAUUCCAUAAACUGCAUACAGACAAUGUAAACUUAAUGUUCAGGAAUGUCAAACAUGACGUUGUCCUCUUCACAUGUCCCCUCUCAUGUAUCACAUUAAACCCUUGGGGCUUCCUCUCUGCUGUUCAGAGUGUGACAUGCAGAAAAUGUCCCCUUGCAGAGCAACCACGAGGCCACGCUCAUCAUCUCUAACCAGAUCUCAUCUAAUGGCUCCUCAGAUGUUUGAGGAAUUUUCCCCCUCACAGUGAAGCUGAUGACACAGAGUGUUAUCAAUUUGUUUAUUGACUCCUCCCAGGUCAGGCAGAGUUCACUUUCUGCUUGUGAUGUGACAUGUGCAUGUUUGGUGGGACUAAUGUUUUUUUUUUUUAUUCCCUCUCCCUGUCAUGUGUUUGUGUGUCAUUGUGCGCUUAGAUCGGUGCCAACGUGCUGAUCUUCCUGUGCACUAACAUGAUCGGGAUCUGUACCCACUACCCUGCUGAGGUCUCCCAGAGACAAGCCUUCCAGGAGACCAGAGGAUAUAUUCAGGCCAGACUGCACCUGCAGAGGGAGAACCAGCAGCAGGUACACACCCACACACGCAUAUGCAGUCACACAUGCACACAUACACAUUCAUGCUCAGGCAAAUAUGUGUGAGGCGCAGCCUUGACUGCGUCCUGUAGGAAAACCAAACACAUUCACAUAUGCAAAAGAGCAACAAAUGGGUGUCUCCAUUCUCUGGUCUAAUUUUUUUUUCUCAGUCUCAAGUGCAACAAUAUGUUCUGGAGUGUAACACAUAUCUCCACUCCUCUCUAUUUGACUAACACAUUCCCACGCAGAUGCCAUCAAGGCACAGUGACUCACUGAGCAUCGGAACGGUUCAAACUGAUGAAAAUGAAUGGGCUCCCCCUCUGUCUUCUUCUCUGUCUUUAAUUUUCUUUCUCUUUCUCUCUCUCUCAGGAGCGCCUUCUGCUGUCAGUGCUGCCAAGGCAUGUUGCCAUGGAAAUGAAGGCUGAUAUCAAUGCCAAGAAGGAAGAUAUGAUGUUCCACAAGAUCUACAUCCAAAAACACGACAAUGUGAGGUAAACACAGGCAAACACACUUUCACUAAACCGCAGUAACACACUGGAGAAGAUGUCGGCCCACUUGUCUCCUUAGCUCUAGUGGCUUUGACCUCGCUCCACUGACUGAUGUGUCAGUUAUAGAGUCACUCCAACAGCUAUUUCCCUGCCAGCAUGUAUUAUGCAUGAUGUUGUUUAUUGACACUGACAGCAGCGGCUGCAGUAACGAUAUUGACUCAGGCCCACUGCUUGACUCUUGGUAGCAAAUGACAGGAGGAAGUCUCAAAUCUGUUGGCCCCCUGUGUCAGCCCUCACCACUGGAUUUCACCUCCUGAGUGGGAAUUACUCAGUGCUAACACAUGAUUGAAGCUCCUCGUCUACUAGCCUACCAAACAUAUCCGAUUGGAUUGCCCAAGUUGUUGGGCAGAUGGUUUGACGAGACAGUGAAAGUCGACUACAGGGGAGGUUUACUGUCAGAGAUGACCCAGACAGGUGCAGGUAGAGCACUCAGUGGAAUUUGGUUUAUUUACAUCAGUACUGUUUGCAAAACAGGUCAAUGUAAUGAAGUUAAAAUUCUGCUUGACAUUCCUGUUCAUAUAUUUGUGAGUUGACGCAUCAUUAUAGGUGUGAAUGAAACAGUUUUAAUUGGAAAAGUAGAAAUCAAACCAAAAUGAAAUUAUCCAACCUAUGUUGCCUGGCUAAGCAGAGAUUUUUGAUUGUAUUUAGUUUACUUAAACUUUGCCUUUUUGUCUUUUAUUACCAUCAAGAACAUUGGAGCUAAAGGGAUUUGUUGUGCCAGUAAUCAUAUUCAUGAAGCUAAGAUAUUUGAAAUGUCUCCAGAAGUCAGUUUGUGGUUAUAAUAUACAGAUCACAUGGUCAGUACUCUCUGGUUUUAGGUUUUCUUGUAUGAGAUGCAGACAGGCUCUGGCUGUCAGUAAAUACAAGCCCUUUCUCCCCCAGUGAGUGACCUCUCAGGAACACCAGCGCCCUCUGCCACUCUUAACUGGAACUGGUGGUAUUGUUUAUCCUCGCCUUUUAAAACUAUCAAAAGUUAGCAAUGAAAGGCAUGCAGACAGGGGGACGGGGGGUUAGUGUUCUCAGAGGGAGGGGCUGGAGGAGGUGACCUACAUUGGCUAGUAUGUUGUGAACCGGAGCUGAACAAAGGUCUGCCUCCCUCCCUCCACUGCAGGACAGUUAGGAGGGAGGUGCUAGACCAGAUCGACUAUCUCUAUACUUUAUUGAUUUCUCUCACUCUAUGUCUCUUUUUUCUUUCUUUUCCUCUCCAUCCUCCUUCAUCUCUUCCCCUACAGCAUCCUGUUUGCAGACAUUGAGGGCUUCACUAGCUUGGCGUCUCAGUGCACAGCACAGGAGCUGGUUAUGACGCUGAACGAGCUGUUUGCUCGCUUCGACAAACUGGCCUCGGUGAGGGUUGUCGAUAUAUCAUUCCCAUUUUUACCAGAGAUCUAACAUAACCACCCCUACUUAUGUGAUUUUAAACUCUGUAGUCUUCAGUGAUAUUAAAAAAAAGCCCAGAUAGUUCACUCUAUUGUUGUGGGGGGUUUUCCUGACACAGUGCAUUCUGGGAAAUAGUUGACCUAACUUUUUUACGUGCAUGUUUGUGUGUUUUCCUUUUUUUCUCCAUAGGAGAACCACUGCCUUCGUAUUAAAAUCCUCGGGGACUGUUACUACUGUGUGUCGGGGCUUCCUGAGCCACGGGCUGACCACGCCCACUGCUGUGUUGAGAUGGGAGUAGACAUGAUUGAGGCCAUUUCGUGAGUCAAACACACAUUAAUACUCAAGAUCUUUCCUCUCAGAAAAAAAAACACAGACCCUUGCAGUCACAUGACUAUCAAGUUGGGUUUUUUCUGGGGUGUAGAGGAGACUCAGGGAACUAACGGUUUUGAACAGUAGUGUUUCUGCGUGUGUGUGUGCACUUUCAGGCUGGUAAGAGAGGUGACGGGUGUGAAUGUGAACAUGCGGGUGGGCAUCCACAGCGGGCGCGUUCACUGUGGGGUGCUAGGCCUCCGCAAGUGGCAGUUUGAUGUCUGGUCCAACGACGUGACGCUCGCCAACCAAAUGGAGGCCGGGGGGAAGGCUGGGUAAGUCCUGCCGACUCCACCUGCUCUUUGCCUCAUUUUCUUUGUCUUGUGUAAUGUCUGACUCUCGAUAUGCUUGUUUCUUUGUGCGUGAAGGCGUAUCCACAUCACCAAAGCCACACUGCAGUAUCUAAACGAUGACUACGAGGUGGAGCCAGGAUUUGGAGGAGAGAGGAAUGCCUACCUGAAGGAGAACAACAUUGAAACUUUCUUAGUACUGGGCUGCAGCCAGAAGAGGGUUAGUGCAUGUCUCGUACACACUGCCAUUUUAUACUUGACCUCUUCCAAAUGUCACACUGGUGCCAUUUUUCACACACACGGUAUAAUUUCUUGUCACCUGGCACAGAAGACCUUUUUUUUCUCAGUACUCACCACGUUGUGGUUUUCAUCACCUCCAGAAAGAAGAGAAAGCCAUGAUGGCCAAGAUGCAGCGAGCACGUGCAAAUUCUGCCGAGGGAUUGAUGCCACGCUGGGUGCCCGACAGAUCUUUCUCCAGACCGAAAGGGUCCAAAGUCUUCAGGCAGAUGGUAGGAUAAACACAGGAAGCACUGAGGCACCUGUCCUUUGUGCCUGUAUCAGAUCUUCUCUGUCAUCUUCUCUACUCUUUAAAGUUAAAUCACAAACAUCCUUGUGAUCAUUCCCUUUAAGUACUUUGAAAGUACAUAUUUUAUUAAUCAAGGGUCAGAGGUCUAUUUUAGGAGCAGAAAUCUGACCAACUUCCAAUCUGGAUAUCUUAGACUGAUGGCCAGCCUUGCUUAUUUUCAAUGUGUGCAUUUGAAAUGUUAAAGACUGUAUCAACAAUCAGCCUAACACAGUUCUCAGGAACACCUAAAUGAUUAAAGACGUGGUAUUAUGCUUAUUUUUGGUCUUUCUAUUGUUUUUAGCAGCUUUACAUGCUGUACAGUUCAACAAACUCUUCACAUAUUUCAGGCUGCUGUAUUUGAAAAUCCUCAUUCCAGUCUAUGUCUGAGGCGCCCUUGUCCCUUUAAGCCCCCCAGCAUUCUGCAGUCCAUCAUUCUGGAAGCCUCCUUCACUGUUGCCACACAACAAAGUUGUAUUUCUUUUUAUAAAAUGACAAAUUUACCCUUUUAAGGAGAUCACUGUCUGAUAAUGUCAGGAUUGGAGCAAAUCUCGUAUUGAUCUCGCUGAAAUAUCGUGGGAUCUGGCGAAAAUUUAAGUUAUAGUCAAACACACCGUAACACCGAGUUAGACACCCCCUCGAGAGAUGAAUGUUGCCGUUUGCUUACUUCUCUAGUUAAACCAACUUUAGUAACGACUGCAGGAUAGCAAUACACAGCGGUCUACGUCUCCAUGCGCAAACCUCAACUAAAAAGCCACUCUAUAGCCACAAAUAAUGCUCAGAACAGCACCUAACUUCAUCAACAGUAAAUAUAGGGUCCCAGCCAUAGUGCUAGCCAGCAAACAUCUUUUUAACUCUGCCUAAUUUCUUUAGCAAAGAGACCAAACACAACUCACCUACUUUCAUCCAGCAGCCCCUUUUAUUUUGUGGGGGAGCCCCGAUGAGUCGAUCACCAAGUGCAGCGGAUCAUUUCCAUGAAGUAAUAAUCAUCAUAAUUAUCAUUUUGCACUGCAGAUGCGAUAGUUCUUCUGCCUUAGCGUCUCGGUCAGAUUGCAUUUCCAUGAAGUAAUAAUCAUAAAUGUUAUUCCUUGAGCUGUGAAACUCAGCUGCACUUGGUGAUCGACUCAUCAGGGCUUCCCCACAAAAUAAAGGGGGCUGCUGGAAUAGAGUGGGUGAGUUGUGUUUAGUCUCUCUUUGCUCAAGACACCAGGCAAAGCUAAAAAGACAUUUGGUGGCUAGUACUAUGGCUGGGACCCUAUAUGUACUGUUGAUGAAGUUAGGUGCUGUUCUGAGCAUUAUUUGUGGCUAUAGAGUGGCGUUUUGGUUUAGGUUUGUAUGUGGAGACGUAGACCUCUGUGUAUUGCUAUCAUGCAGUCAUUAAUAAAGUUGGCAUAACUAGAAAAGCAAGUGGUCAGCAACAUUCAUCUCUCAAGGGGGUGUCUAACUUGGUGUUGCGGUGGGUUUGACCCUAACUUAAUUUUACGCCUGAACAUCCCUUUAACCUUGCAAUCUGAAAAUUUGCAGAGGUAUUGUAUUAACCUCCAACGUUUUAACUCAACAUAUGUUCUCAAAUUACGAAAAAGGAUAAUAUAUGAGAAAGCCACAUUCCAAGCAUGAGUGUUUGAACGUGACAGGUGUGUCUGUUUCUGUGUUCAAAUCUGGAGCAGAAAAUGAUCAAACAGGAGUCGCAACAGGACUUUCAGGGAGUCCCUGGGAAUCUUUUACUACUGAAGCUGAAUUGAUGAGGCUGCAGCUGCAGAUGUAUCUUGUUCUCAACCCCUCUCCUUUCUUCCCUCUCUCUUGCUACAACUCUCAUUUUCUCAUCUUUCCUACCUUCUUCCCCUCCUUCCUCCGCCUUUGUCUUUCCCAUCUCAGAAGAGUUUGAGUCCUAGGGGUAAAAAGAGUGUAAUUUGAAGCCUCCAAGCAUUAAUUAAAACAUCAGUCUGGCUCUCAGGGAUUAACUGAGCAGAUGUCUGAGUCUCUGUCUAUUUUUCAGAUGUACUGUGACUACACAAUGAUCUCUUCUUCUCUCUCUCUCUCUCUCUCUCUCUCUCUCUCUCUCUCUCUCUCUCUCUCUCUCUCUCUCUCUCUCUCUCUCUCUCUCUCUCUCUCUCUCUCUCUCUCGAUUUCAUUUCUACAUUUUGGUGUCACUUUAACAGUGGUUUGUUUUGUUUUGUUUUUUUUCGACAGGGUAUCGAUGAGGCAUCCAGCAAAGACAAGUGAGUGUUUUUUGCCCUAGAUUUUUAUUACUAUGUCAGCAUUUGUUAUUAGCCGAUGACUGUCAGACUGUCAGUGUAGCAGUCAGAGCCCACUGUUGGUUUUAUACGGUCAGAACCUAACCAGCACUAAUGCCACAUUAACUCCGAGUAAUUCUGCCCGUCACAGCUUAAGCCAACUCACUUUUUCACACUCACACUCGGACAGAAACCGCAUGGUGACCCAUUGUUUAAUUUACCACAGCCGCUGCGCUCAGGAGGCCCUUAAUCCUGAGGACGAGGUAGAUGAGUUUCUUGGACGCGCCAUCGAUGCUCGUAGCAUCGACCAGCUGAGGAAAGACCACGUAAAGAAGUUCUUUCUCACGUUUCAGACUGCUGACCUUGAGAAAAAGGUGAGUCUUUGACUCCUGUUUAUUUCAAUCUUUAUUCCUCUUUAACUCAGCCAACUGAGUCUGAUUUUUGAUUGAUUUUCCAUUUUCAGUACUCCAAAAAGGUCGAUGACCGUUUUGGGGGAUACGUAGCCUGCACACUCCUUGUUUUCUGCUACAUCUGUGCCAUUCAGGGUAUCAUCUUUCCACAGUAAGUUGCUCCCUUUGAUUUGUUGCCCCUCCUAGUUUCCAUAUUAUGCAAAAUUGUGUGGAGGAAAUGUGGUUUUGAUUAGCUUAUGAGGAGUUAAUGAGAGUUGUACAUCCUAACAAGCCUGAUUUUCUUCUCUUCCACAGUACACCACUUUUGUAUGGCCUUUAUGUUGGCAUCUUCAUCAUCCUCGCUAACAUCGGCUUCAUCUGUGCCAUCUACUCCUGCAUCAAAGUGAGAAACAGAAACCCUAGACCUCUAGUAUAAUUUCUAUGCAGAUCUCUUCAAAUGAGCAUCAUUAUCAUAUUUCUUUAGCCAGCACUUCUAAUAGUAUUGACUCGAUUCUCGUCCUCACUGUUUCUGUUCAAGCACUUCCCGGCUGCCUUGCAGACACUUACCAAGAAGAUAGUCCAGUCCCGUGCAAACAGCACACUAGUGGGCGUCCUUACCAUCCUCCUGCUCUUUAUUUCCUCCUUUGCAAACAUGGUAGGCAUUACAGCUCCUCAUUUUGUGAGUUUGUAUCAUGUAAUGUCUGUAUAAUACGGAAGCUUAUUGCAUUCACCCAAAAAAACAGGAAAAAAAGUUCUGUUUUUCAGAGUAAUUUUUUUCGUUUCUGUGUUUCGGACUAAUCUUUUUCUGUUUUUCAAAAUAAAUUUUUUUGGGACUAUUUUUUCUGUUUUUCAGACAGUUUUUUUGUUUUGUUUUUCAGAUUGAUUGUUUUUCCUAUUUUCUGGGAUCAUCAUUUAAAAACAGAUACUUUCAUCCCCCUCUGCUCAAUUUAUUGGAAGCAAACAUGGCCCACUUGUUUAGUUUAAGUUUGACUUUCUUUUGGGUUUGAGCCACUGGGAGAUACUCCUUUCUUUAAGUCAGAGUGGUGGAAUCAUCAUAAGUUUGUCUACUUUGCGCAGACACAUCAGGUUUGUUUACCCUAUGUUUAACUAAUGACAUGCUUUACUCUCAUUGACCCCGUAGUCGAAGUUAUCGAGGAACUGGAGAAUCCGCUGAUUCGGAGCAGCCGCGGUAGUUAAUGUUAUCUGAUUGUAUGAGAUUCUUGCAGGAUUUUGAAGCUUAAUCAGGAAAAAAAAUAGUCUGAAAAACAGAAAGAGGGGAAAAAAAUAUUCAUACAAAAGACAGAUGAAAAACAAAAGAGUCAGAAACAGAAAAAAGAAAAAAAAUUUAGUCAGAAAAACAGCAAAGAAAAAAAAUAUACUUAAAAAAAACAGUCUCCUUUUUUUUGUAAGUGAAUGCACUAUGCAUCUGUAGUAUUAAACUGUUUCUUGAAUGAAUGUGCCACAAGCUUCAUCUCAGAUUAGACCUGAUGGGAAACUAAAGUCCUUUAUUGUAACUGGAUGAGUGAUAGAAAUCAGUCUGUUGUGUUAUCUUGUUUGUUAUUGUUUACCGAUAUCAUUAAGACCUAAAUUUUUCAUGUGUGUUGUCAUGAGGAUAAAAAUGCAAUGGCAUCAGUCCCAGUGUUAGAUAAUUACAUGACUGGUUAAAUGUUAAAACUGAUGAAAAGAUUGAGUUAUGCUCUGGAACAGAGGCUGCAGUGCUUCUCACACUGGUCCUAAUGUGUGCCUGGAAAAUAAUCUAAAAUACGUCUUUCAGCCUCACAGUAAUGAAACUUCACUUUCAUCUAUCAGCAAUGUCAACUGAGCUUUUUAACUGAAGUGGUCACAGAAACUGUGCAAUGGAAAAUUUUGGGUUUUUGCAUUCUGGACUGCUGUCUUCCUGCUUAAAGCUCAAGUCUGUUUGCAGUCUUGCUGAUGCUGAUUUAUUUGUAUGAUUGGCGCCUGCAGAGGUAUAUCAGCCCAUAAUUGGUUGCUGGAUGUCAUUCUCCAAUAACACGACAUGGACUCAAACAGACUUUUUUAUAAUAUUGAUAUUAUAUUAUCUGAGUCCUCACAGUGGAGGGAAGAAAUGAUUAAUCGUGUUACUGUUGGCAUUUUAACUUUGAAGAUCACAUCACAGAAAUGAGGAUUAUUGGAUGGUUUCAGAAACUUAGUUACAGCGCUUUGUAACUGUUGAUGGGCUUGUGGUAUUUGGAACAAAAAGUACUGCAUGAUUCACCACUGCUCCAAGUGUCUGUCCACUGGAGAGAACUGAUAACUAGUUUUCUGGUUAAAAAUGUCUCAUAUGUUGGAUUUAAUUAUUUAACAAUAUGUGUUAAAGAGGUCUUAACCAGAGUGUUUGUGUAAGGAGCAGAUACACUCUUCUCAUAAACUCUGUACCUGUUUGUUUCUGCCGUUAAGUGAGAACAAAAUAAAACACAAAUAUGUUUGUCUACUACUGUCUUUCUAUUUACUCAGUCCACCUUUACCCUCUCAUUAUUAAACAACAAACUCUUUUCUCUGGCAGUUUACUUGCAACAGGGAGAGUCUGCUGGGCGGUCUGUCCAAAGAGUCGAACACAACAUUGACAUCCUGUCUGCUGUACAACCUGAGCAAGGCAGCAAACAAUUUGAUCCCAUGUCCCGAUCAGAACAAUGACUGUCAUUCCCCUGAGGUCAGUCCCUCAACAUUUAAUGGCGGGUAUGUUUUGUGUGUUUCUAUGUGCAUGAAAAUGAUGUCUGACUGCUCACCUGUGCCCCCCUCUUCCUCCUCCUCCUCCUCUACUGUGUCCUCUUUGCCAUAGUAUUUCUGCUACAGUGUUCUGCUGACCCUGCUGGCCUGCUCCGUGUACCUCCACAUCAGCAGCAUUGGGAAGCUGGCUCUGAUGCUGUUCAUCCAGCUCACUUUCCUACUGCUGGUGGAGUGGCCUCAGGUUGUCCUGUUUGACAAUGCAGAUGAGCUGAGCUGUGUCAACACCCUGUGAGUGCUGUGCAACAGAACAUGCAGACACAUGUACACUCAUUAUUUCCCAGUUUUCAACCUGUAUUGUGUUAACUCUGUAACUGUAACCUUGUUUAUGCUAACUAUGGCCUAGUUUGUCGAAGAAAUGGUGAACAAUUCAAAAAACCUGCUUUCUUAUGCAGCAGUUUGGCAGUUUCCUGUUUUAAAUAUGUUCUUCUUUUUUACUCUGAAGGGAAUUAUCAACUUCAGACCCGCAACAGUAAAUUGAACUGUUUUGUGCUGUACUACCUUAUUUUAGUGAUCCAUAUGAUUUGUUGAUGUGACUUCCUCUUGUGUUUUUUUUUUCCAGACGGCAUCUCAAUGAAACUACUGACCAGUGGUGAGGAGCUGUCCCCUGUAGCGUAAAGUUACAAACCGUCCCACUCCAAACACUUUGUUCAUGUUUCUUGUCAUCCCUUUCCUUCUUCAGCCUGAAGGUGAUGAAGGUGCCCCUUAAGGUCUUGACUCCCAUCAUCCUGACAGUCUUUGUUCUGGCUCUCUACUUGCACGGCCAGCAGGUGGAGUCGACAGCACGCCUUGACUUCCUCUGGAAGCUGCAGGUAAAAGGAACAAAUUCAAGUGGGAUAUUGACACAAAACAAAAGCUAGAAAUCUCUGAUGAAAUUCAUUGAAACCUUUUUCACGGCAGCAUAUUUGACUUUGUCAAUUUCAAUGUCCCCACAAACCAUAAAAAAUGGAGCAGUCAAAAGAAAUUUGGCCCUGGAGAUUUUAAAUUGCGCUUUUUACACAAAACAAAUCAACAUAGUAAAAUAUCUACCAUGUAAAGCCUCCUUUCAAGAAUCCAGUGACAUGACAUCCAUCUGAGCAACCACCCCUUUUUCUCUAACUCUCAGGCCACAGAGGAGAAGGAGGAGAUGGAGGAGCUACAGGCAUACAACCGCCGUCUCCUUCACAACAUCCUGCCCAAGGACGUUGCUGCCCAUUUUCUUGCACGGGAGCGUCGUAAUGAUGAGGUUGUACUACCAGUCGUGUGAGUGUGUCGCUGUCAUGUUUGCCUCCAUCAGCAACUUCUCAGAGUUUUACGUGGAGCUGGAGGCAAACAAUGAGGGGGUGGAGUGCCUCAGACUGCUCAAUGAGAUCAUCGCCGAUUUUGACGAGGUAGGAAGUGAAAUAAAGAAGAGAAGAAAACAACUGCAAAAUAAGUCACCCUUUUUCCUAGUUCAAAUAAGUGCUCUGAGAUUUUGCUUUUUUGCUGCUUUUGUUUAUCCCUCCCCCUCUUUAUUGUUGGUUAUUUGCCUCCAGAUCAUCAGUGAGGAGAAGUUCCGUCAGCUGGAGAAAAUCAAGACCAUUGGUUCCACCUACAUGGCAGCCUCCGGCCUCAAUGACUCCACGUACGACAGAGAAGGUCGCUCACACAUCCUGGCUCUGGCCGAUUAUGCCAUGAGGCUCAGGGAACAGAUGAAAUACAUCAAUGAGCACUCUUUCAACAACUUCCAGAUGAAGAUAGGUGAGUUUGGAAGGAGUUGGAUCUUGAAUCUAAAAUGUCUUAGAAUGCUAAAAUGCUCUUUACCUUGGAAAAGAUGGUAACACUUGAGGGACUGCACUGUCAAGUGACACGAUAUAACAGACUUGUGGUUGUUCUCAGGGUUAAACAUGGGGCCAGUGGUCGCGGGGGUGAUUGGAGCCAGAAAACCUCAGUAUGAUAUCUGGGGGAACACAGUGAAUGUGGCCAGCCGGAUGGACAGCACAGGAGUGCCAGACUACAUCCAGGUAUUGAAGCCAGAUACACUCAAAACUGCUCAAUACCUCCUUACAGCAGUUGGGAGCUCUAUGUUGACGAGAUACAUCAUAAAGUUUUGGCUAAGUUACUCUUCAAAACUUUCAUAAAAAUGCAUCAGUCCUGCAUUCUUGUUAUCCUUGGCAUCUUUCUGUAACAAACUUGGAGAUGUCAAUCACUCUCAGGCAUGUGCAUUACAAAAAUGUUUGUUGUAUCUGAAAGAGGAUAAGUCAGUCGCCUUUGCCAUGGACAAAAACAUCAGAGCUGGACGGUCCUUUCGCUCUGAGAUUUUGAUUUAGACAUCUGCUUUGCAGAAGUGCCCUUGGGCAAGAAUCCCUGUCAGUACCAAACAUGCUGUUUUCAUCUUUAAGAGGGAAUUUUUAAUCACAGUCGGUUCGGUCAGCUGAGGACAAGAUUCCCUCUGUCUUAUUCAUCAUCUCAUUUCAGGAUGUAUAUUUGAUGUGAAGACUUGUGAGAGGAACACCAGCUGAGUUUAGAGCUGUUGUGACAUUUUUUUAAACCCCAAAUCAAAUCCAGAAGUUGGCUGAGAGUCUGAUUACAGAACAGUGUUGCCAUCUGCUGGGCAGUCAGAGUCCCUGCAUGUUAAAGUGAACAGUAAUAAAUAUGUAAAGCUGCUCCAAUCAAUUGUUAAUUUUUCAUCUGUUUGACAAAAUAUAUCUAAUAUAGAAUCAUAUUAAAACACCUACAAACAAUAAUUCUUCACAUCAAAACUGCUUUUAAACCCAAACACCUUAAAACACAGUCAGCUUACAAAGAUAUGAACUGAAAUAAAACUUGAAAUAAAGAUUAAAAAGUAGUGGGACCAAAAUGCUCAAAAUUAGAAAGUAAAUUUCAUGGAAUACUCUUAGCAUUUCUCAUCCUCUCUGAUUGAAUCAUUUUUAGUACUUCAUUAACCCAUUGUCUAAUUAAGGGUGGUUUUAUUGCUCCUCAUUGCAGAGGAAUUUUCAGUGUUACAAAUGCCAGAGUGUUAGACUGAAGAGGAGUACCUAACAGAGACACCAAAGACAGACACUACCUGACAGGAGCUGAACGUCCUACUAUAAAUGUAGAAUACUGUUUUAAGGAUCCUUGGCUGGAAUUUUCCUAAAAAGUUACACAGCAGGCACAUUUUAACAUAAAAUAAAUAGGAAGAAGAAUACAUUGUUAAUUAAAAUUAAAUGAAAAUAAAUCUAAAAUUGGAUGAAUAAAUGAAUAGAAAAGUAAGUAAAUAAAAGAAAAUAAAGUUGAAUUUAGGAGAUGUUAAAUCAGCUUUAACUCUUAAACAUUUAUGGAUGGGAAGGUCUUUUUUUUUUUGCUUUUCACAGAAUUUUGAAUUUUGUAUGAAGCUUUUUAAACUUUGAAAACUUGUUACUUAUUUAAUGCUUGCUGUGUCAGAUAUUCCAUCCUUUAUGGAGGGAGUUAAUUCCAUGUGAAACGUGGUGUUUUUCUCAUGAAGGGUUUGAGUGUCUGACAUCUUGGGUGUCAAAUGUCUGUGACCUCUCUUAGGUGACCACAGACUUAUACCACGUGCUGGCCAACAAUGGAUACCAGCUGGACUGUCGCGGUGUUGUCAAGGUGAAGGGAAAAGGGGAGAUGACCACUUACUUCCUCACCAGUGGUCCCCCAGGCAGUUAACACUGGGAGAGGCCAACCGCAGCGUAACUCCCACUGCACUGACACAACAGACAUUGCAGAGACACUGAGAGGUCAGCUUGGCGAUGACUGCUGCAGCACAGUACGAACACAGGAAGAGACGGGCCUGCAGAGUCCAGCUUGGCCUGUCUGUAUGAUGUGCACAUGUAAGAAGGCGGGACGUUUUUUUUCCAAGCUGCUCAAGAUAUCAUGAAGCCCAGUUGCCUUAGAACGGAAGUGGCUAUGCUUGUGUUUAUGAGCAAUAGUACAAGUAUUCCCUCUGGAGUCUUUAUUUAUUUUUGUGUGGAUGGAUUUUUGUAAUGAACAAAAAAAAAAAUAUGAAUCAGAGAAACAUAUUACAUCAAAGAAAAUAUGCAAGGAUGACAUGAAGGAUGAAAAUGACCAAAGAACAAAUGUUUGAUAUGAAGCAAACACUAACGAUUCUGUUCAGAAGUACAGUGACCUUAUGUAUUUUAUUCAUCCUUUCACAAUAAAGGCCACGGUCACAUCUCUGUUGGUGAUCGAGACGAACACUUUCUUUUUAACGUGGAAUUAUCCAUGAAGGAGAACACAGGCACACGUGCACAUACGCAGGUAGAAAACACUCACAACAACCUUGGCUUGGACUUCCUUAUUUUGUAUCAGGGCCUUCUUUUGUUUCUUCCCAGCCUGUGAUCACACAUAAUCCAGACAUGAGGCUGUUCGUGGUUCACUGAAAUGUACGAAUGACAACCUGCUCCCUGCGAUGUGUUUCUGGUGAAAGCCAGAAACAUGAAGAAAGAGAUGAAGGACGGAGUAACUGGGUUAGCAUCACGGUACUAAAGAGACUGUUAAACUGACUUGUUUUAUAUAAGUGUGCUUGAGUAGACAGUAUGUAUGGGUGCUUGGGUGUGUGUGUAUGUGCGUGUGUGUGCGCGUGUGCGUGCACAUGUAGCCAGAUGCUGAUCUUUAUCUAUAAAGGGGCAUACUGUAACUUUUCACUGUGAGGUUUUUAUGAUACUGUACGACAGUGCUUUCUUGCCAAACUGGUUGCUGCAAGGCAUGUUUUAUAUUUUAUUUUUUUGGAGUUGUGUGCCCAUUCCUGAUUUCUUGUGUCAAAAUGAAGAGAAUUGUGUCUACAGCGCCUUUUCCUGGACUGUGAUUUUGACUGAUUUCAUUCCAACCUAAAUAAGCAAAAGCCUUUGAAACGUAUAUUUCAGAUUGUGUUAAUAAGUGUGAUCACUGGUUUCUGUAUGCAGGAUUCUCCAUCUGCUCACACAUAUUGCCUUGAGAUUAUGCAGUUCAAAGAUCCAUAUACUUUCUGGAUCUAUAUUCACAACGUUAAACAACAGUAUUUGACCCUUUAUGCUUGUGUUUGGCACAUGGAGGCUUGUAACCCCCCUAAAAGCUUAGUUUAAAAUAACUAUAUGAAUGUACGUUAUAGUGAAUAUUUUUGUUCACAGUGAAACGACCACUUAAGAAAACCACUCUUUAAAUGCCUUUGGUACUGAAGAAGGAGUUUGUUUUACUUGAGGCCCAAGUGAUUUGACUUCAUGUUUGUUAAGAAGUAAAGGCGUAUUUCAUAUUGAGAUGAGUUUUACACCAGAUGUUGACAUGCCUUGUUUUCUGUCUGAGCCUAAGAAUGCAGCCUUCAUGGGCUACAAAAAAGACCCAGCUAUGCUUAUUUUCUCCUCUGAAAAUGAACGGUCAACUAAACACUGUUGCAUUUUAUUUCAAAGAUGGUGCGGUGACAGCAAUGUUUGAUUGGAUUUAUUUCCCCUUGAAUUGGAAAUUAAUAAAUGGCUGUUUUGCAUUGAUUGUGUGUUUUU